AUGGAUUUCGUCGAAUUGGAGGCCGUAGAAGGUCUCCGUUGGUCAUGGAAUUCAUGGCCAACAUCCAAAUCGGAACUCAUAAUCCCCCUAACAAUCAUGUGCACUCCAUUAACCCAACAAGGCACCGACCUACCUCUCCUCCCUUACGAUCCCCUCCUCUGUACCCGAUGCGGCGCCGUUUUAAACCCUUACGCUCGUCUUGAUUACCAAUCACGUAUCUGGCACUGCCCCUUUUGUUCUCAGAGAAACCCUUUCCCUCGUUCCAUCGCCGACGCUAAUCUCCCCGCUGAACUUUUUCCGACUUACACUACCGUCGAGUACUCUUCUACGUCGCCUUUUCACCCUCCCGCUUUUGUGUUUCUAAUCGAUGUUUCUUCUUCUGAAGAUGAUCUUCGGUCGCUUAAGAAUGAGCUCUUGCUUCUUCUUCACCAUUUGCCUGAUAGUGCUCUUGUUGCUCUGAUCACUUUCGAUUCCAUGGUUUAUCUUCACGAUCUUCGAUUUUCUCAUUGUUCGAGGCUCGUUCUCUUACGUGAGCGUCAAUUUUCUUCUGAUCAGAUAAGGCAGUUCCUCGACAUUAGUCGUCCUCACCAGCUGCAUAUUGGGCAAACACAACCUGUCCCAAAGCAGGGGUUUCUGGUUCCAAUUUCAGAAUGUGAGUUCAGCAUCACUACUGCAAUUGAAGAUAUUCAUUCUACCUACAAAUUCAGGUCCGGUAGCCGACCCCCGAGGUCCACUGGAGCUGCAAUUUCUGCUGCCCUUGGACUUUUAGAGUGUUGUUCUGUAAAUACCGGCUCCAGAAUCAUGGUCUUCACUUCUGGGCCUGCUACUCUUGGACCUGGACUAGUUGUGGACUCUGAUUUCAGGCAAACUAUGAGAACCCACAGUGAUAUUUUCAAUGGUCAGGUGAAGCAUUAUUUUAAAUCUUGCAGUUUCUACAGACAGAUUGCCAAGAGGCUGUCUGAUGCGUCUGUUGUUCUUGAUCUGUUUGCUUGCUCCCUUGACCAAGUUGGGGCUGCAGAGCUUCGAGAACCCAUUGAGCGCUCAGGUGGAUUUAUGAUUCUUGCCGAAUCCUUUGAAUCUGAUCAAUUCAAGAAAUGUUUAAGGCACUUGUUUAAACAUGACGAUGAGGGCUUUAUGAAGAUGAAUUUUGAUGCAACCAUUGAAAUAGUGACCACUAAAGAUGUCAAAAUCUCUGGAGCUCUUGGACCUUGCGUGUCUCUUAAGAAAAAGAACGCAUCAGUGAGUGAGACUGAGAUUGGACAAGGUGGUACCUACAUAUGGAAGUUGAACACACUCACUGACCGAACUUGCAUUGCUUUUUUCUUCCAAGUGAGUGAUGAUCAGAAAAUGCAGCCCAGCUCUGCAUUUUUAGUUCAGUUUAUAACACGGUACAGGCAGGGGAACAUAGGACACCGAAAAAGAGUCACCACUGCUGCUAGAAGAUGGGUUGCGAAUCAUUCCACAGAUAUAGCUGCCGGGUUUGAUCAAGAAGCAGCAGCAUCGGUUAUGGCACGGCUUGCCAUUCUCCGUGCGGAGACAUGCCAUGCUCGCGAUGUCAUUAGAUGGCUUGAUGACACACUUAUUCGUUUUACCUCUAAGUUUGGGGACUAUGUGCCAGAAGAUCCUUCUACCUUCCGCUUAUCUUCCAACUUUUCCCUUUAUCCUCAGUUUAUGUUCCACUUAAGAAGAUCCCAGUUUAUUGAUGUCUCUAACACUACUCCCGAUGAGACUGCAUAUUUCCGGCUUAUGCUGAACCGUGAGGGAGUAGUCGGCUCCCUUAUAAUGAUUCAACCUACACUUUUCCAAUAUUCGUUUGAUGGGCCACCUGUUCCAGUACUUUUAGAUAUUCGUUCUAUUUGCCCUGAUUCUAUCUUGCUCUUUGAUUCUUUCUUCCUUGUGGUGAUUCAUUAUGGGUCAAAGGUUGCUCAGUGGAAGAAGCUUGGUUAUGAUAAGGACCCAGACCAUGAGAACUUUAGAAAGUUGUUGGAAGCCCCAGAACUGGAUGCAGAGCAAUUGGUGACUGACCGGGUUCCAGUACCAAAGAUGAUAAGAUGUGACCAGCAUAGUAGUCAGGCCAGGUUUCUUCUUGCCAAGUUGAAUCCAUCUGUUACUCAAAAUUCAACAUACACGGAUGGUUCGGAUAUCAUAUUUACCGAUGACUUGAGCUUGCAAGUAUUUCUAGAUCAAUUGCAGAUACUAGCAGUGCAAGGCUGA